AUGCUCCCCAUCACGACCUGCUUCGUUGCAGGAUUACAGUAUCUUCUUCAUCCGACGAAAUUAGGAACCAUUCAAGAAACCAUUAACCCGGAUGCUCUCAUUCCGGUUACGCUGCUCACCACGGAUGAAAUCUUUGGUGACCUCGAAGGUGUUUUGAGCUUAUUCGAUAAUGUCGAUGAUGUUUUUGUUCCAGAUUUUGGAUCCAUUCUUGUGGAAAAGACUGGAAGUAAUAGUAGCCGUGUUCAAGACGCGCGGCAAGUCUACCACAUGGACUUGAUCAAUACCCUAGAAGGCUUUUCCGAACUGCCGUCAGGUCCUUAUUUUCUUCACGGCCCGAAUCUUCACCAAGCAUGGCGGUUGUAUGAUGAUGAAUAUGGUUCUUUUACCUUUGGUGUUAUUCCCGAUGAUUCUGAUAAACCAGACGAAUACCAACCUCUCACUUCGUCUUCCGUGCAAGGAGACUCAGUGACGGUUCCUGUUCCUUCCAGACUCUAUUAUCCUCAACCCUCUCUCCGAAAACCCUUGUCUGGUGUGCGUGUCUCUAUAGGUGACACGAUUUCUCUGAAAGGCACUCACACUACGUUUUCCAGCCGUGCAUGGAAGUCCCUGUACAAAGAUCCAUCGAGUGCUACAGCUAAUUAUGCUCAACAACUUCUGAAUCAAGGGGCAAUUAUUGUUGGAAAGACCAAGACAGCACAAUUUGGGACAGGCGCAGAAUGGGUCGAUCAGCAGGCUCCGUGGAGUGCAAGAGGCGAUGGCUAUCACAGUACCCAGGGUGGCUCCGUCGGUGCUGCAUCGGCGCUGGUCGGAUACGAAUGGUUGGAUCAUAGUGUUGGGGUAGAUGAUGGCCGAGUAGUAACGGAGAGGGGCGUUUAUCCAUUGAUUCGACCAGCAAACUCAUCAGACGGAGUCAAGACAAUCUCCAAAUUCGACGGAAUGAGGUUGUUCAGUCGGAGUCUGAAAGGACUGCUCGAUCACACAUCAAGUCCCAAAAUAGAGUCAAACGGGAAGAGCUUUGCCCCAAAGGUUAUUAUACCCAUAGACUUGUCAUCACCCAGAGAGACGCAAAAGACAGCCAUCGACAAAUUCGUGUCAAUUCUCCAAGAUCUUUUGGAUGCCAAAGCGGAAUAUAUUAGUAUUAGCAAUACCUGGGACAAAAACCGUCCGGCUGAAGCCGCAAAGCAUGGCAUGCAAAUAUACAUGAGCCAGGCGCCUUUCCGAUCAUGGUGUUACGACUAUUACCACACCUUUGAUGAAUUUAGAGACGAAUAUCAGCAAAAGUUUCAUAAAGAACCCUUUGUUGAGGCCACGCCGCGCUUCCUCUGGGAACAAUGCAAGUCUGUAACGGAAGAGGAACAUCGCGAAGACAUAGAACGACUCGAAGUAUACCGAAAGUGGUUUAAUGAUAAUGUCUUGAACAUCUCAACCACUCCAGAUACCGAAACUCCCAUUCUAGUUCUUCCAUGCGGCGAUGCUCAAGUCAAGCAUCGGAACGAGCCUGUGGCCCCACCAACCAUCUACAAAGGCGUUGAUUCCACGACAUUAGCGCCAGUAUUGGGUGCAAGUAUUUUGUCGUUUCCCUUUACACAAGUACCCUAUAAAUCUGACAUUACUGGCACGACUGAGUAUCAACCGGUGUGUAUUUCGGUCCUGAGUCUUGAAGACGACCAAACAUCACUUAUACGACUGGUCGAGGAAGCCUUGCUGAAAGGACAUGUCCCGACUCAGGUGGAGGUUGGACGAAUGACAUUUCCAGUCAAAAAGUCGGGCCAUUUCGUCAAACACUUGCAAGCUCCCUUGCUGGUUCAAGGUGAACUGUGA